UUUUGCUGUUUCUUGAGAGAACUGUUUGGAUUUGGAAACGCAUGCUGGCUGUCCAGAACAUGAAAGUUGGCCUUUUCCUUUUGUGGUGGCCAUGGGCUUUGGCUACUGAAAGCAGAGUGCACUGGCGAAAAAGAGAUGUACAGGAGAUGUCGAAGAAAGGCAGCCCAGUUCUUAAACGCAGCCCUGAUAUUACCAAAUCGCCACUGACAAAGUCAGAACAGCUCCUGAGGAUAGAUGACCACGAUUUCAGCAUGAGGCCUGGCUUUGGAGGCCCGGCCAUUCCUGUUGGCGUGGAUGUGCAGGUGGAGAGCUUGGACAGCAUCUCAGAGGUCGACAUGGACUUCACGAUGACCCUCUACCUGCGGCACUACUGGAAGGACGAGAGGCUGUCCUUCCCGAGCACCAAAAACCUCAGCAUGACGUUUGAUGGCCGGCUGGUGAAGAAGAUCUGGGUCCCCGACAUGUUUUUCGUGCACUCCAAGCGCUCCUUCAUCCACGACACCACCACGGACAAUGUGAUGCUGCGGGUCCAGCCCGACGGCAAAGUGCUCUACAGCCUCAGGGUUACAGUGACUGCCAUGUGCAACAUGGACUUCAGCCGGUUUCCCCUGGACACACAAACGUGCUCGCUCGAAAUUGAGAGCUAUGCCUACACGGAAGACGACCUCAUGCUAUACUGGAAGAAAGGCAAUGACUCUUUAAAGACAGAUGAGCGGAUCUCACUCUCCCAGUUCCUCAUCCAGGAGUUCCACACCACCACCAAACUGGCCUUCUACAGCAGCACAGGCUGGUACAACCGUCUCUACAUUAACUUCACGUUGCGUCGCCACAUCUUCUUCUUCUUGCUGCAAACCUACUUUCCCGCCACCCUGAUGGUCAUGCUGUCCUGGGUGUCCUUCUGGAUCGACCGCAGAGCUGUGCCCGCCAGAGUCCCUUUAGGGAUCACCACGGUGCUGACCAUGUCCACCAUCAUCACGGGUGUGAACGCCUCCAUGCCCCGCGUAUCCUACAUCAAGGCCGUGGACAUCUACCUCUGGGUCAGCUUCGUGUUCGUGUUCCUCUCGGUGCUGGAGUAUGCGGCCGUCAACUACCUGACCACCGUGCAGGAGAGGAAAGAGCGGAAGCCGCAGGAGAAGCUUCCCUGCACCUGCGGGUUGCCUCAGCCACACGCGGUCCUGCUGGACGGCAGCUACAGUGAUGGGGAGGUGAAUGACCUGGGCAACUACACGCCCGAGAACGGAGACAAGCCAGACAGGAUGAUGGUGCAGCUGACGCUGGCCUCGGAGAGGAGCUCCCCACAGAGGAAAAGCCAGAGGAGCAGCUACGUGAGCAUGAAGAUUGACACUCAUGCCAUUGAUAAAUACUCCAGAAUCAUUUUUCCAGCUGCAUACAUCUUAUUCAAUUUAAUAUACUGGUCAAUUUUCUCAUAAAUGCCUGUAAUUCUAUAAAUUUCACAUUCUUCUAUAUGUACUACAGAAAUACCUGAAUGAUGAAAAAUAACUUAAGGUUAUGAUGAAAAGAAAGUUCACAGUACCCACCCUUCUCCACCUUUCCAAAACUACUGACAAGAUACCUACGGUUUAACUUGCACUUACUGACCACCUAUUGUGUACACAGCAUUAUACUCAGUGCUGCAGGUAUAAACACCCAUAGCAAAUGACGACAGGUGUUACUGAGAUCCCCUAGAAAAGCACGCUGCCAGUGAGGUGGGCACACUGUGGUUCAACCUCUUUUAGACCCUAAAUGCUUAUUCAUAUGAACCAUGUCCCUUACGUGAGUGUCAUUCUAUUCUCUGGACCAAGUGGAACUGGGAAGCACCUAAAGUUCAUUUACAUGGAACAUACAUGCACCUAAA